UUAUCAGUUUAAGUGAAAAAUAUGAAUGAAUGAAUAUAGAGUGUAUUUUAACUUAACUAUCUAUCUUAAAAAUAGUUAUUUUUCAUAAACAUCUUUGUAUGCAUCAAUUUAAAAUUAAAAAUAGUAAUUAAAAAAAAAAUCAACAAAUGGCGCUAGUUGAUAUUUUCCUAGGGACCCUAAGUUUUUUUGGAGUAUCUUGUCAGUUUUUCUUUUUAUUAAUGCUUUUACCAUAACAAUGUUUUUUUUACUGCUUGAUUGUUCAAAAAGUUAAAUUAACACACAUUGAUUGUUCAAUCCCAAUUUGAAACAGGUUAUACCAUUAAAUUUAGUGCACUGGAGUUUAAAAUGCUCAUUAAAUUAAAGAGACCUGAAAUACUUAAAUUUUAGGGAUGGACAUUGUUGUAUACUUGGCGUCGUUAAAGUCUACAUACAAAUCUUGUUUUGUUAUUAAAUAUAAUUGUUUAUACCUUCAGUUGUUUUUCACAAAAUACAACUAUGGUGAGAAACAUAAUUAAAUAAAUAAUCAUCAUUUAGGAGCAGCUUUUUGAAUGAAGAAUUUUUUCAAUUUUGAGAGUGUUUUCAACCUCUUUUCCAAUGGCAAAAAUCGAUAAUAACUUACCUAAUUUAUUAAAGAAUAAAAAACUUCCAAAAUUAAAAAAAGCUCGCAAAUCAGCAAUGAAAUGGAGUCAACAGUAUUUUUCUGCUUUGGAAGAAACUUUAUUGACAAUUACAAAAAAUAAACCUGGUAUUCUAAUGACAAAAUCAUUGAGAAAAAAGAGUAAUUUGCAUCACAUCUAUCGUUGUGAACAAUGUGGUGACAGCUUCCAUUUUCAAAGCAGUUUAAAGGAUCAUCUAACGAGAUUUAGCUGGAUCAUGGGUUAUUGGUACAGACAUUGUUCCUCAGUUCAACGUAAUAUUAAUGAACCUUCAUGUAGUGUGAAAAAACCAAAUGAAAAAGUGUUAGCGACAACGAACAAGGAAAAAAUUGAUGAAAUUCAAAAAGAUGGGUCGAUAUUGAUAUUCUAUAAUCAAUGUCAAUUUUUAAGACAUUUGAAAAGUCAUAACGUUAACUGGGUAGAUGCAAAUAAAAUCAUGAUGAUGCCUUUACCACUUGACAUCCAACCAGAUGAGUAUCCUCAAAUAGAAAAUGUAAGUAAAAUUUUGAUGAAAUAUAUGUUUUUACACAAUAUUCAUAUUAUGGACUGGCUACGACUGAAAAAGAUUAACUUUAAGUGGUGGAAAACUGAUAAAUUUGAUAAAAAUCCUAUUGCUGACAUACUCAAUGAAUGCAAUAUUGACUAUGUAAAUAAUGGUAUGAUAAAUCAGGAAGAUUUAUUUAAGAAUAACUCAUGCAUUUCAAAUGCAAUGAACUAUAUUAGUAAGACUGAAUCCGGUGAUGAUGAAUCACUACACUUGGAUCAAAUAAAUAAUUCCAGCAAUCAUUGUACUGAAUUAACUACCUAUAAACCAAUAAAAAAGAAUGGUACAAGUUUUUCCCAUUGUUCUAGUAAGAAACAAAAAUAUAUAUCCUUCGAAAAGGCUAUGGAAUUGAAAAAUGUCGAUUUUAACAUUAGAGUAAACAUGAAUGAAAUCAAAAGUAAUCAAUUAUUUGAUUUCCAUCAUAUAAUUUCUAGCAUUAUUGCAUCAACAACGAAUCAAAAUAAUGUACUUUUGAAACUAUUUAAUCCUGAUGUUCCAUUUGAAUCAGCGAUAAAAAUAAAUUUUUCAUCACAGCCAAAAAUAACUAUAAAAAUUGAUCCAAUGGAUACUAAAGGAUUUUUGAUAACUCCUAAAUCUAAUGUCGUUGAUACUCUGAUGCACAUCAUAUCUAUAAUUAAUUCGACUUCAAAAUUGAAUCAAAUAGAUAAUACUCCAUGUUGCAUCAAAUCUGUAUUAGCAAGAACGAAUUCAUCAAUCGCACAAGAUUAUAUCAAACAACUUGGAAGCAGCGGUUCAAAAGACAGAGAGCAAAUUUUAAAUGGAAAAUAUCGACAGGUACAAUAUCAAAGUCUGCAUAAAGAAGAUAAAAAUCAUUCACAAACAAUAAUUAAACGAGUUAACUCUGUUUGUGAUAACAAUGAAUUAAACAGUAAAUUUAAUUUGUUGUAUCAUGAUUGGGAGUCAAACGUAAAAAAAUUUUCUUGUGAAAAAUGUAAUGAAUGUAAAAAAAUGAAGAAACCAAAAUAUUAUAUUAUUGGAGUAUCUAAACCAGCUGAAAAUGAGUCUGACUAUUGUCAAUGUUAUAACUAUGUUUGCCAUUUAUGCAGUUCAAAACAAGGUAGUGCUUUACGAUAUGAAUCACAUUUAAGACUCCAUAAAAAAGAAACUCCAUACCAAUGUCCAGAAUGUUUUACGUCAUUUUCAUCAUUUGAUCAACUAGAAAAUCAUAUUUGGACGUAUUGUAAUCAUGUUAUUAUGCAACAAUUUUAUUCUUGCAAAAUUUGUAAAACGAAUGAAUUUUGGACUCCUGAAAAUACAUCGAAACAUUAUGUUGAGCAUCAUGCAAAAAUUGUAAUAUAUUGUAAAAUAUGUAGAAAAAUUUUUAAUUCUUUUAUCGAUUAUCAAGUUCAUAAUUCUAAGAAACAUAUUUCAGUGAUACAAUUGGCUAAUAUUGCCAAAUAUAUCAAAUGUCAUGUUAGUAAACGCUUUAUAAAACCGGAGCUUUAUCAUUUUCAUGUUUUGUCUCUUAAUACAGUUGAAAAAUAUACUUAUUACACUUGUCCAUUCUGCUUAUUUGCGGUUAAAGAUGCCAAUCGCAAUAAAGAGAUUAUUCAAAAACAUAUAAUGUACUUACAUAAAAGAAAUCCUUUUGGAAAUAAUUUUUAUUUAAGAUAUAAAAAUGAAAAACCACAAGGAAUAGUUGAACGUAAUCGAGUAUUAAAUAUCAAAGAUAUUAUAUUAUUAAACAUAAAAAAUACUAUAUCGAUGAAUAUUUCAAUCGAAAAGUAUUUUAUUACUCAUGAAAUAACUGAUUUCAAAAAAAUGCUAAAUACACUGUAUAAUUUAAAACAGGAAUAUUUGCAAUAUGUAGAACGGAAGUGGAAUAAUUCAGAUAAGUUAAAUAAUGAAGCUCAGAUAAGCUCAAUAUUUACUGAAAAUCUAAAAAGUUUACAACAAAAGAAGAUUAUAAGCUGGACAAAGAGAAAAUAUUUGAAUAAGUUUAAUAUAGAACAGUCAAAUAAAUUCAAUCAUUCGAAUAUGAAAGCCAAACAAGUACUUCCAUCAACAAAAAGAAAGACGAGAAGUAACAAAUCUAAACGGAUUGCUUUAAAUGGUCCGACAAAUUAUAAUGAAGUUCCUAUCAAUUAUAAAUGCCAUUUAUGCGGAAUGUUAAUAAAUACUCAUUGGAACGUACUGAAAAAUCAUUUUGAUAAUAACCAUUCAAAAAACUAUGAACUAGUCUUUAUAACUCCAAAGUUAUUAAAAAUUUCACCAGAAGAUAUGAAUGCUGAACUGAUGAAAAAUGAGAAGAAACGUAAAUCAGACUUGAUUGCAUAUACAGCAAGAAAAAAAGCACGUUAUGCUUUUAAAAAAUUAUCUGAUCAAUCAACCUCAUCAAGUUCAGGUUUAUGUGUACAAAAUGAAUUUUUAGAAAAGACAGAAAAUAAUCUCAAUUGUAAAAAAUGUCUUCAAAGUUUUAAUAAUAUAGACAUGUUGCACAAACAUGUUGCUUCCAGUCAUCGAAUCCAAGGACAUUUUCUUAUUUGCUUAGAAUGUGGAGAAAAUUUUGUUGCUUCUCCAAGUUUACAAAUGCAUCUAAAAGCUUUUCAUGGUGUUGACGACCCAUUAACUUAUAUGUCUCGAAAUGCAUCUUAUGUUCUUAAUGUUACAGACGAAAUUGAAGAGCAAGAUAGAAUAACAAAAUUUAAUCAAUGUUAUGUUUGUAUGGCUGUAUUUGAAAAUAAAGCAGCCGUCGACAAACAUUUACGCGUUCAUGGAAUGGCAUUUUUAAAUCGAAGACGAAUCGAAACACAAAAUGCUCUGAAACAUUAUAAAAAAUAACAAUAAUUUUACAUUAAAAUUAUGAAGAAAAUUAUUCCAAUAUACAAUCUUACUUAACAAAAUUAAAUUCUAUCUUUA